AUGCAGCAUAUAUCUGUGAGCCCGCGGAAUCAAGUUCCCUCUAUGCGGGAGCUCCCAUCUCCGGCUGAACUGCCUCCAGCCAAAAUGACCAAGCUCCAUCCGUCCAAGCCAGGUUCAGAAAAUGCAUCCCUCUUCUUCAUAGGCAGGGCGUGUACUAUCAUAGAGUGGCAUGGUACUCGAGUGAUCACUGAUCCCAACUUCGCUGUUGAAGGGGAAAAGAUUCACCUUAAACGAGGUGUCACUAGUACAUGUCUCACGAAUCCAGCUGUUGAUCUACACAACCUUCCCCGGAUUGAUCUCGUUCUUCUCUCACAUUAUCACGAGGGCUACUUUGAUCCAAAGAUUGAGGCUUCGCUCAGGCGUGAUAUUCCAAUUGUUACUACCCCACAAGUUAAGACACAUCUCAUCUCGAAAGACCAAGAAUUAUUUACCUCUGUGUCCGCACUUCGACCAUUCGAGCAUGUUGAUAUUUACAUUCAAGGCACAGACGGACCGAAACAGCCUCGACUGCGUGUGACAGGGAUGCCAGGGAAGAAUGUAGCUUCAAAGCGGGUGUUGCAAGCAUUGACUCAUGCAACUCCCCCGACCAACGGCUGGAUGCUUGAGUUGGGAUAUGGCACUGCCGAUACGCCAGAGUUCACCUGCAGCUAUCGCAUCUCCAUUUCCGGGGACAUCUUAGCAACCAAGGAACUUCAAGAAGUUACCCGCCGCUACGAGGGACAGCCAAUCGACCUGAUGCUCGCCCGUCUUGGUGGUACGACGCUCCCCUCGUUCCUUGUAGGGCGAAUAAUGGAGCCGCUUGCAUCGACCGUCAAUAUGGACGCUGAGGAUGGAGUGACUCUCAUGCAAUUGAUGAAGCCCGGACUUACGAUCCCAAUUCACUACGACGACUUUGACUUAUUUAAAAAGAAGUCGCCUUCGAAUGCUCGCACUCACCACGCUGUGCGCAGUACCGAACAACUCGCCGAGCCCCCACAGUCGUCUUUCAGCUCCCUCGGCCGCUCCAACACGCAGAACCACUCGCGCGACCGACCGACUGUCACUCUACGACCACCCUCCGUGUCCUUUAAAGGGAAACCCAUAUCCAAUCCCAUCUCCAAUCCCAGUUCGCCCCGAGUCGCGCAAGCAGACGAAAACGAAGUUGUGGCCCAUUUUCGGCCGCAAUCCGAGAACCCCUCACCAGUGACCUUUGAGCGCCCGGCGUCUAUUGCAAUCCAACCAGUGCGAGGUCCACGACCAACUCAUCCUGCCCAUCAAGAUCACGACUGGUCACAGACACAACUGGCCAGUCAGCCUGCCUCCCUGCAGCGAUCGACGACCGACUUGGAGUCGCCGCGGUACCAGACCUAUCGACCCUUCACUCCCCAGGAAUCGGUAUUGCACUCCCGGCCCCCAUCCCGUUACGAGCCGCUUUCCCCAGAGACAUAUCCUGAUGCCAUGCAGUCCACACAGUCCCAGGCCCACUCAGAGAAAUCAGCCCCGGACUCGAGUCGGCGGGGUAGUGACACCAUGCCAGAGCCCGGUCGAGGCACGCCUACACACCGCCGCGAGGACUCCGGGGAAAUCGACGUGCGCGACAUCGAUGUUCGCGCCUUGAUUCAAAAACACGAUGAGCUCCAGGCCAAAUAUUCCAAGGUGAAACGCUACUACUUCGAGAAAGAUGCGCAGGUUCAGCAUCUCCAGAAUACAGUGGCACACCAACGCAUGGCUGUCUCUCGCACGAUUUUAGACGACUCGGAAUAUCAAAAUCGCUUUGGACGACUGGACGGAGCUAUUAAAGAUCUGGCUUUCUCGGUGCGAAAGAACUGGAAGGGCCUUCCUCCAUGGCUCAAGGGGAUGGUGACCGAUGAUGCAUUGGAGGUCGGCAUGAAAGAAAUGACCGCGGUCGGAAGAGCAGUGAUAAGCCGAUGGCUGGUGGAGGAAGUGUUCCAGCGCCACUUCCACCCGGGUUUAGAUCCCGCAUUCAGUGUGCAGUUGAAGAGCAUCGAGAUGAAUUUGCGACGGCAGCGACCGUCGUCUGAGGAAGAUCGCGAGAACGCUUCUGCAAGACUCUCCUACUGGCGCCGCACGACCCUCGAUGGACUGGGUGAUUCUAUCAUCGGACCUGCUGCCGAUAAAAACCGCGCCGGGCUAGUCGAGCAUCUCAUCGGGGAGCUUGCCACGUUCAUGGGAUCUCAACUGCACGAUAACUUGCAGCUAGGCCUGGAAGCAGGUGUGCGCAUGAUCAUCGAAAAUUCAAUUAACAUCAUUGAGAAAGUCCCUCUUGAGGCCCGCGAUGUAAGCGUCGAUUACUUCCCACCAGGCGUCUCGCUCGCCGAGCAAUACAUGAAGGUUGAAGGCCAACUCCCUCACCUUCCCAACCCACCACCUCCAGUGGCAGAUCCAGAGGUCGACGAGCCCACAGAAGGCGAGGUCUCAUCAGGCUCAACGGUGGCACCAUCAGAGAACGUCUCCCCGGCACCAAAGUCGCACAAGAAAUCCAUGUUCGGCGCUUUGAUGGGCCGCAAGCCCGCACCCAACGAUUCGGGUCGACCAGCAGUACCCGGACCAGAAGAGAAGAUCGAGCCAGCGGAGACAACACCCAGUAGCCCACGCAUCCGCUUCGCAGCAUUCCUAGCUGUCGAAGUGCGCGGCAAGGGCCCUGCAACGGUGUUGGUCAAGGCGCCCGUGUGGCUAGUGGAGUAG